AUGCCUCACCAGAAAAGAACACAGAAAGUGGACAGACUGAGCCCGCGCGCCGACCACCCGCCGGCGAGCCUGCGCCGGCUGCAUGGCUCGCUGUUUGGCAUGCGGUGUGUCAACGUGGACCGCGGUCGAAGUGGUGGCAGCCGUGAACGCCUCUGCGACUAUGCUCUGCAAGGCGACUUUGCCGGUCCGGAAUGCCCGGCCUUUGGCGCUUGUGCGGCCGACCUGCUGCCGGUGCUGUUGGAACCCGUGAUUGGCACGCUCGAGACCGCGUAG